UGUUUCAUUAAAUUUGUUUAAUAAUUUUCUCACACAAAUUAAAAUUACAAACAGUAAAUAUAUGCCUUAUUUGCGAAAGAGAUACUUUGUUAUGCAAAUGAUGUGUAAACGGGCAAGUCUCUGCUCGAUGGAAAGUUCUUUUCUUCUCCUUUUGUGCGUUACAGUGGUCAAUGCAGACUUCUUGUAUUCUUACGAAUUUGAGGAGACAGUUGGAGGACCAGGACGUGUCCGGAGUCCAUGGCGUUCGGGUGCCUCUGGAUCAUCUUCGCUCCAUUUGUUCCAUGGAGAUAAACUUUCGGUAAGCAUCUGUCUACCAGAACCUGCAACGUUGACCAUUAUUGGAAUCUCUUAUUCUAACGACGGCGUUAGUGACGUUAUGGACAUUUCUUUAGAUGGUGAACACUUAGGGAUUGUUCAGACUGGUUCAGAACUUGGAGGCUGGGGAAAAUACUGGAAUAAGUUUAAACAUUAUGGUCAUAUUGGAUUAACAAAGAGGAUUGACAGUGGAAAACACACUAUGGAUAUUCUUUUGGUAAAAUCUGAUUGCUAUGGAACAGAGAUUGAUGUAUUUAAAAUAAGUUUAGACGUUAAAGUUACACAUACUGAUAAACUUUGGUGUGGUAGUGAGCUAGUAGGCUCUAAGAAUCCAACACCCUGUGCGGUUGCAGUAGAUAAUCGAGUGAAAUCCACAACCACGCACGUACCGAUGACGAAAGAAACAACACCACACACGAAUCCGAUAAUCAAAACGACACAAAAGCCCUUCAAAAUGACAAAAUCCGCCAUACCGUUGGGGUUGAUAUCAAAACAAAAGACUACUAUUAUUGUCUCUAAACCUAUGCCAUCAAAACAUUCAAGAGCAACAACAUCAAUGUCGACAAAAAGUGAUUUAGACAAGAAUAGUAAAGGUGAAAUAUCAUCAUUUGGAACAACAACGCCAAUGACUGGUAAAAGAAAAGUUACUCCGUCCAUGCAACUGUCAACGAAUCCUUAUGUUGAAACUGUUAAUUUAAGUUUACCUGGACAUGUUAUGACUUUUAGCAGCGGACCAAUGUCUACUGAAGCGAUCGGUUUAAAUGCAACAAAAGCGUCAUUUCCAUUUUCAUCUACUCGCAGCAAGCAAUCGUCAGAAAAAAUAAUGAUAACCCCUUCUGUUGUUUCUUCAAGUACACCAUUAGCACUAAAAGUAAUACCAACUUCAGUUGCUUCUGAAAGUACUAAACGUUCUACUAGAUAUGCGAAUGUUACAAGUGCGUCAAUGUCGUCUACCGAACAAGCUGUGACAUCAAAGGCAAUGACGAGUACUGCAACACCAUCUAAACAUGUUACAUUCUCUUCCGAUAUUCCAAAGAUAAUUAUUCCUGUUACCUCUGUACAAACAACAGAAGCGAUAAAAGAGAUAACUAUUCCUGCUACCUCUGUACAAACAACAGAAGCGAUAAAAGGGAUGACUAUUCCUGUUGCUUCUGCACAAACAACAGAAGAAAUAAAAGAGAUGACUACUUAUUUUACUUCUGCAAAAAUAACAGAAGCGAUAAAAGAAAUAAACACUUCUGUUACUUCUGCGAGUACUAAACGUUCAUCUGGAUAUGUGAAUUUUACAAGUACAAUGCCAACCACUGCAACACCAUCUAAUUUAUUUACAUUAUCUUCUGAUAGGCCAAAUAUAACUUCUCCUGUUACCUCUGUAAUAACACCAUUAACGGAAGAAGCGAUAACUACUUAUGUUGCUUCUGCAAUAACAUCAUUGGCAAAAGAGGCGAUACUAACUUCUGUUUCUUCUGCAAUAACAGCAUUAGCGAAAGAAGCGAAAACUACUUCUGUUACUUCUGCAAUACCACCAGUAGCUAAAGAAGCGUUAACUACUUCGGUUACUUCUGCAAUAACAACAUUAGCAAAAGAAGCGAUAACCACUUCUGUUACAUCUACAAUAACACCAUUAGCGAUAGAAGUGAUAAUUACUUCUGUAACUUCUGCAAUAACACCAGUAGCUAAUGAAGCGAUAACUUAUCCUGUUACUUCUCCAAUAACACCAUUAGCGAAAGAAGAGAUUCCCACUUCUGUUACUUCUGCAAUGGCACCAGUAGCUAAAGAAGCGAUAACUACUGCUGUUACUUCUGCAAUAACACCAUUAGCGAAAGGAACGGUACCUUCUUGGGCUACUUCUGCAAUAACACCAUUAGCGAAAGAAGCGAUAACUGCUUCUGUCACUUCUCCAAUAACACCAUUAGCGAAAGAGGCGAUAACUACUUCUGUUACCUAUGCGUUAAGACUAUUAGUGAAAGAGGCGAUGACCACUUCUGUUACUUCUGCAAUAACACCAGUAGCUAAUACAGCUAUAACUAAAGAAAUAACUACUUCUGUUCUUUCUGCAAGUUCCACUGGGCAUACGGAUUUUACAAGUGCGUCAAUGCCUUCUACCCAAACUGUUGUGACAUCACAGUCAAUGCCUUCUACUGUAAAACCACUUAAAUCAUUUACAUUCUCUUCUGAUAUUUCUAGGAUAAAUACUCCUGUUAAUUCUGCCAGUACUAGAAGUUCAACUAGAUAUGUGAAUUUUACAAGUGCGUCCACGCCUUCUAUCCAAAAUGUUGUCACAUCACAGGCAAUGCCUUCUACAGCAAAACCACUUAAAUCAUAUACAUUAUCUUCUGAUAUUCCUGACAUAACUGCUUCUUUUAUUCCUGCCAGUACUGGAAGUUCCACUGGACAUGAGCAAUUUACAAGUGUGUCGAUGCCGUCAGUCCAAAAACUUGUGUCAUCACAGGCAAUGCCGACUACUACAAAAUCACCUAUAGUAUUUACAUUAUCUUCUGAUAUUCCAGAGAAAGAUUCCUCUGUUACAAAUGCAAGUACCGUAAAAUUGUCAACAAUGACAACAAAAACAUUGGAACGUACAGAAAGGCCAACCCGGGAACCAAUUAAAAUGGAAAAUAUAACAACGACCACCCAAAAGCAGCCGUCAACGUCACUAAAGCAACCAACGAAAAAGGACAACACAACAACAGAUCCAAAUAAUUUUCGAAACACACCAGGAAAGUCACCGUAUAUUGUCUCUUUUAAUAUGGUGUUCAAUGUGAUUGGUCAUAAUGUCCAUGGCGUUGAUACUAAUGAUAAGACAAUGACAUUAACAGGCAAACAAACAGUAUUAUCUACAUCAAAAACCACAACAAAAACAAUAUCGUCGGGAAUAAAACGGGUUGAAACAACAAGCAAAAUAUUAACAGAGCAAGCAUUAGUAAAAAGAACAACACAGGCAAUUGGAACGACAAAGAAAACUACCACGAUUACAACAGAAACGAAGCAGAAACAACCAAAGACACCUGAACAUUUGAUCAGAAAUCCAAAUCUGAUAACAACUGUUCCAGCUUUAUCUACUACAUCGAUUGUUAAUCCUGACUUUAUAAAACAACUUAGUUACAACACCAGCUGCAUUGACGCAUCCAAUGUCAAUAUCCGCUUUAGACGUCAAACCCUUAAAGGUAGUUUUAUCGUUGCACAACUUCUACCAACGAAAGCAAAGACAAGGCGGAAGAUUAAAAAUACAGUUCUUAUAAAUAUGAAAUGUGGUUCAAUGAUUUGGACUAUUGGGAAAGUUGACAAAAGCAACCGUGAAUUGGGUGGUAAUACGCAUACAAGAACAAUAGUUUACGAAGUUCGCACCACCAGUAAUCAUUCAAGAUUUCCAGGCGAACUCAACACGAACGAAACUAGUAAACUUAACAUUUAUUUUAAACCAAAGAAGAGGUUUAGUCUUAAAAAAGGAAGGUUUCGUUUGACACUUGGAUUACUAAAUGUUACUACGAGAGUAGAAAUUGGUGCUGAAAUUAAAACUGUAAGGGGUCGAUUUUUUUCUUUCAAAAAUGCCCAUCCACGCUCACAACAAAUGUUAAAAUGGGAAGUUCCUUCAUUUCCAUAUUUUCUUGCGAAAAGAAAUGUUGUAACAUUUUUCUUUAGAAACACGCCAAACGCAAUGAUUUACAUAGAUUUUAUCAAGCUUGAAUUUAUCAAAAACGAACUGAAACCGUUGCGAAAGAUACUUGUGCGAGUAAGGAAGUGGAAAAUAUGUGGUCAACGACUAAGAAAACGAAAAUAUGGCAUGGAUUUAUCUGUAAAUGGAAAACAAAGACCGGGAAAAUAUGUAGCUCUUGAAGUAUUCAGGAAACCUAACAUCCAUUUCUUGAAGAUCACCAAUAAUGGAGAAUUGUUUAUUGUCCAUCAGACGUUUAAAUCUAGGAUGGUGAAAGUCAGAGGUUCGACGGAAUACGGUGUCUCGAUGUUUGUUUUUGGAGUUUUGGGAAACCGAAUAAAAUCCAUUGACAUCAAUGGUUUCAAAGGAGAAUUAUCCAUUAAGUACGCAAAUGGGAAUUUCUUAACACUAGUUUAUCGUCAUGGUAGGUUAAGAGGAAAAUUGACCGUUAAAGACACCGACAUUGGUGAUCUUCAUUUCAUUUCCACCUUUAUUUCCAAAGACUUGGCUGCAGUAAAUGAAAUUGUUGUAGAUACCAGUAUGGCAAAGGGUAUAAUGGAUCCGACUAUUGAGGAGAUAACUGGAAACAAAGUAACAUUAAAAAAGACAAAUAAGGACCAAACCUUUGACACCAAUAAUGUCAUUAAACUAACAUUUUCGGAUUUUAAGACGCCGUGAGGUUAUACGCAAUAAUACUUAUAUGAACGUAGUGGUGUGUAAGCUUAGCUCUACUCGCACUGGGGCCUUGCCAAUUUGGCGACUGUUCCGAUAAGAUUGAUAGUCAUUUAUGUUUUUGGAGCAUAGUGCACAGACGGAAUGUAACCCUGGUUAGAGCUACCCUGUUUUUUUAACGUGCACUAGUGUAUAAAUAGCACUGUCACAGGGGACCCCCAUUUAACGUCCCUCCUGGAAUGCGAUUAGUAUUUGUUUACUGCGGAUGGGAAUCAAACCUGCGACCCCUGGAUCGACAGUCAAGUGUGUUACCACUAGACCACGGAUCCGUCACAUUUGAACGUUUGUGGGAAUGGAGAAAAUGAAAUAACUUGACUGUGAAAAUGGAUUUAAAUAUUAACAAAAUGCGUGUUAAAAAGAUCAGCAUGGCAUUGAUGUGUUUAUUUGGAUACCACUUGCGAUUUAAACAUGGUUUCCUAUCGCUUGUAUUUAAUGAACGACCCUGGGCUUGACUACAGUGUGACGUCAAGUUACGUCAUCACAG